AUGCAGUCUACUUGCCUCAUCGUUGCACUCCUCUGUCUCAUCUCCUUCUCUUCAGCUUGCUACAUCAACAACUGUCCCAUCGGAGGCAAAAGAUCCAUCGUGGACAUGGAGAUCAGACAGUGUCUGCCAUGUGGUCCUGGCAAUAGGGGCCAAUGCUUUGGAAGCAACAUUUGCUGUGGGGAGGAGAUUGGUUGCUACAUUGGAACUUCUGAGACAUUGCGGUGCCAGAAGGAAGUCUACCUGCCCUCACCCUGUGAACCCUCAGGCAGGAUCUGUGGCAGGAAUGGUGGAAAAUGUGCCACAGCAGGAAUCUGCUGCACUUCUGACAGCUGCACCAUGGAUCCUACAUGUGACACCAGGAAUAUCUUCUCCGCAAAUUAAUGUGAG